AUGGCUAAAUUCAUGGAAAUCCUUUUCGUUGCUUUGUUGGCUGUAGCUUUGUGCUCCGCUGAAGCUCCCCGUUCUCGCACAUCCCGUUUCCAAGCUAGACGCAAUCGCUUCUUGGCUCGUCAAGAAGCUGCUGAGCCAGCUGCCGUUACUCCUUAUCCCACUGCCGAUGAAUUGAAACCUGAAGUGCCUUUCGAUGAAGCUGUAGCCACCGAAGAACAACAACCCGAUGAAGUCUACGGCCCACCAGAAGAAGAAGCUCCCGUUGAAACUGAUGAUGUUGCUGCCGCUGAAGAAGAACAAGCGGUUGCCGAUGAAGAACAAGCAGUUGCCGAAGAAGAAGAACAACCUGUUGGCGCUGAAGAAGAAGAAGCAGCUCCCGCCCGUUUAACUGCCCGCCGUACUUCAUCUGCUCGCAGAAGUUCAGUGCGCCCUGCUAAAUUGCGUAAAUCAGAUCCUGCUCGUCUCCAACUCCAGCCCCAAUUAGUGCCCCAACCCCUCUUCUACUAUGUUGCUCAAUAACUUCUUCAACCCUUGUGAUUUAUGUACAAAUUCGACCACAAAUCUACUAACACUUAAAUAGAAAAAUGAUAAUAAUAAAAAAACAAUAAAACAAAUUAAAUAAAAUUAAUAACUUGAAGA